CGUGGGGGCUUCUGGGCCGCGGCCUAGGUGUGGGACUCGGACAGCGGUGGUGAGAGGUUCCGGGUUAGUUGGGCCGGGGUAGGGUGUGUGUGUGGUUCUAGUGAGUCCUUUUGGGAGCUCUGGCGACCCCCACUGUAGGAGGCGGUGUCGCCUGAUGGUCAAGAGUUCGGUUUGGAAUUCAGACCGUGGUUCCAUUCCCUGCUGUGCGACCUUGGGCAGGUGCUGAACCUCUCAGCCUCAGUUUCCUCAUCUGUAAGACGGGGACAACGAUAAGACUGCGGAAAGCUCUUGUCACAGCACGUGGCAAAAAAAGAUGGCAGUGAACGUAUAUUCAACAUCAGUCACCAGUGAUAACCUAAGUCGACAUGACAUGCUGGCCUGGAUCAAUGAGUCUCUGCAGCUGAAUCUGACGAAGAUCGAACAGUUGUGCUCAGGUGCUGCCUAUUGUCAAUUUAUGGACAUGCUGUUCCCUGGCUCGAUUGCCUUGAAGAAAGUAAAAUUCCAGGCUAAGUUAGAACAUGAAUACAUCCAGAACUUCAAAAUACUACAAGCAGGUUUUAAGAGAAUGGGUGUUGACAAAAUAAUUCCUGUGGACAAAUUAGUAAAAGGAAAGUUUCAGGACAAUUUUGAAUUUGUUCAGUGGUUCAAGAAGUUUUUUGAUGCUAACUAUGAUGGAAAAGACUAUGACCCUGUAGCUGCCAGACAAGGUCAAGAAACUGCAGUGGCUCCCUCCCUUGUUGCUCCAGCUCUGAACAAACCGAAGAAACCUCUCAGCUCUAGCAGUGCAGCUCCACAGAGGCCCAUUGCAACACACAGAACUACUGCAACCCCUAAGACUGGCCCGGGUGUGGUGCGAAAGAACCCUGGUGUGGGCAACGGGGAUGACGAAGCAGCCGAACUGAUGCAGCAGGUCAACGUAUUGAAACUUACUGUCGAAGACUUGGAGAAAGAAAGAGAUUUCUACUUUGGAAAGCUAAGGAACAUUGAAUUGAUUUGCCAGGAGAACGAGGGGGAGAACAACCCUGUAUUGCAGAGGAUCGUGGACAUUCUCUAUGCCACAGAUGAAGGCUUUGUGAUACCUGAUGAAGGGGGCCCACAGGAGGAACAAGAAGAGUACUAACAGCCUGGACCAGCAGAGCAACAUCCGAAUUCUUCACUCCAAAUCAUGUGCUUAACUGUAAAAUACCCCCUUUUAUUAUUCUUAGAGGACUCACUGGUUUCUUUUCAUGAGCAAACAGUACCUCUUCUUAAAGUGCACUUUGCAGAAGUUUCACCCCAUUUCCAAUGAGUUUGAGUUAGGAGCUUUUACCCUGUAGCAGAGCAGUAUUAACAUCUAGUUGGGUCACCUGGGGAACAAAGAGGCUGACCAUGGGGCUCACCGAGUGGACGCUGGUAACACUGAUUGCUGGAGAAGGUGUUUUUAUGUGAUACACUGAGGUGGAGACCUCAGAGAAAUGUAAAGACUGAUUUGAAUUUUAAGCUAAUGUGAAAUCUUGGCAGAGAACGUUUUAAUAAAUAAAUGCCUUAAGAGUAUUUAAAAUAUGCUUCCAUAUUUCAAAAUAGAAAAUGUAACAUGACAGGACAUUUUCGUGUUUGACAUUGUGUCUGGGAAGGAAGGGCCAGACCUCUGGACCUUUGGAAUCUGCUGUUCAUAGGCCUUGCAGGGUUGCUUGAAUCCUCAAAGGCCUAGACCUUGGCCCAAAAGGAGAGUUUAAAAAGUUGCUCUGUAAAGCCAUUUGGUGUCCUUGACCAGUAGUAUCCCUGCUCUAAGAAGCAAGAGGCAUUGUUGCCUGGAUGAAUAGAGGGUGUGUUUCAGCCCUGAGAUGUUUGAGUCGAAGAGCUUGAAUUUCAUUGAACAUUUCUCUGACGAUUUUUCCAGUUACCCCUGAAAUUUCUAUGUAUUGUGUUUUUUGGGAGAUGAGGUGUGUCCAGUUUUUAAAUCUAACAACUACUUUUGGGGACUUGCCCACAUCUCUGGGAUUUGAAUGCGGGUCGUGUCCCAUUUUACUGUCUUUUAAGUUUACAUUGAACAUGUUUCUCUUCUCUGCUCCCCUUGCCCACUGGGGACUCCUCUUUGGCUCCUUAAAGUUUGCUGCUUAGAGUGUAAGUUCAGCAGGCAAGUGGUCACACUGCAAGUUCUUUCUGGACCUCUGGCAAAGGGAGUGACCAGUGAAGGCCAUCGCUACCUUGGGAUCUGCAAGGCUGGGUGUUCUCGGUACCUGCUGUCCACCGCCCUCCACUGUUAUCGGAAUACUUUGCCAGUGCACUAAUCUCUUUGGAGAUAAAAUUCGUUAGUGUGUUACUAAAUGUUAAUUUUCUUUUGCAGAAGAUACAGUACCGUGUCUGAAUUAAUUAUUAAUAUUUAAAAUAUUUCAUUCCUUAACUCUUCCUCAUUUGCUUUGCCCCUGGCCUAUUCAGUUCCUUUGUUUGGCAGAAUUCUGCAAAAUGUGUGUCACCCACUACUGAGAUUGUUCAGCCCCUGAUGUAUUUGUAUUGAUUUGUUCCUGGUGGUAGCUUGUCCUAAAAUGUGUGUAGAAAGCAGAUAUUUUAUGAUAAAAUUGUUGUGUAGUGCAUGCUCUGUGUGGAAUUCAGAGGAAAACCCAGAUUCAGUGAUUAACAAUGCCAAAAAAAUGCAAGUAACUAGCCAUUGUUCAAAUAACAGUGGUGCUAUUUCUCUUUUGUGGCCUUUUAGACUUUUGUUGCCCUAAAAUUCCAUUUUAUUGGGAACCCAUUUUCCACCUGGUCUUUCUUGACAGGGUUUUUUUCUACUUUAAACAGUUUCUAAAUAAAAUUCUGUAUUUCAAGA